AUGUUGCGCCUGGGGCUGGGACAUCAUCGCAUCAAGUAUCUCCCCAUCAAUCUCGAAGGCCUGACGCCCACAGCUAGAGUCAGCUAUGCCCAGAUACUAGGGUACCUGGGAGGCUUGGAAGCCUAUCCCGGCUUCACAGUGAGGGGCAUGACCCGGGCAUGGUGGUCAGGGGACCGUCGUAUCACGAUGGAGGCCGACAAUGCCGAGGUUGUGAACGCGCUGCUGACCGCGCUCAAGAAGGACAUUGAGGAGGCCGUGUACGAUGUGGACAAGUGGGAAAGCGUGCUACUUCCCAUCGAGACGUUGAGCAACAACGACCGUCUGAUGAUCCUGCUUCGAAUGGUCCAGGACGCUCAGCCCCAGCCCACCGCUCGCCUUCUGAGGAAGGCGACACUUUUCGACAUUUCCAAGCUCAGCUUGACGGAGCAGAGAACUUGGCGAUCUGCAGUGGACGCCAUCGUCGACCGAGUGACCCAACAGUUCGGCGCCGAAUCGGAUGCCACACUUCUCACCUUCGCUGAUUCUGCCAAGGUCGAAGCAGCCAUUCGCGAUGGACGAUUGAGCACCGCGAAGAACGGCCCAGGCGGGUUCCCCUGGGAAGGUGUCCCUGAUGAGGACCUCAAGAACACGGCUCAGUUCUUUGCACUUCUCAUGCUGAAGCGAGUCAAACAGAUUCGAAUCAAAGAUUCGGCUUGGACCGAGGUGACCGAGGUCGGGGAAUUUUACGACGGAGGAGAGGAGGGCGACGAUUGUCUUAGCCCGGCCUGCGAGCCCAAAGGCAGACAGGCUACGAUCAGUCAUGGCGCAGGCUGGCUCAAAGCGGAGUCUAGCGGUCUAGCGGAGUGGCAAAAAGGGGGUUGUAGGAUGGAAGAUGCUGUGCUGGGAGGUGACACAGCUCGGACCGUCGGAGGAAAGAUUGCUAUACGGGGAGGUGGCAUAGGCGGGGAUGUCCGGAUAGGAGAGUCGUCGACAUGGUGGCGGAGUCGAGAGGCCGAUUGUCUGAGGAGCGGACUCCCUGUCUGUACAUGCGGAUGGCAACUACUGUUCUGCACCACCGGCGCGACUAUCGGAGAUUGGGGAUUAUAG